CUGCAACUACUGACACAAUUUUUUUUUCAGGCUAGGCGUGUAGCCCGAAAUUGAGCCUAGAAUUGUGUGCAUAUACGCACAGGUAGCUGUUUCCAUACCCUGUGUACAUGUGCAUACAUGCGUAUAUAUUCUAGGCUUCGGGCGGUGAAUAAGUUAGUUGAAUGGGUGUUUGUUUCUUUCUAUAUGAAUGCUUUAAUUUGUGCCUUUAUGUCUUUCCUGUGCAUUAGAGGUAUUUCUGUGAAACUUCGAGGAAACAUUGUAUUUCUGUGAAACUUCAAGGAAACAUUCCAUAUCUAUGAACUCACCAAAAGAAUGUUAAUACAUGUUCUAAUACUUUCUGGAUCAAGGUACAAUGCGACUGCCUUGGCCUUAGGCAUUUCAGGCUCCAAUAUGUUUGCUUGGCAAGUAAUGUUAAGUCAAAAAGCAUUUUUGUUAGCCUGGAACACAAAAUAUAUGUUUAAUGACAUUUGCUUACUUUUGAAAACUGUUUGCAGUAAUCUGCAUCAUGUUUUCCCGCAAUAAAAGAACUUACUGGAAGAAAAAUGACAGAUAGGCAAGUGGCUGGACUUAAAGCUGUGGUUUACUGAAAGACAGCUGCCGUAAGAAAAAAACAAAAAGAAAGAAAAAGAAACUGCUGCCCUGAGUGAGCUCCGCUCCCUCAGGGCAGCAGUUGUUUGGGCAGACACACAUUUGUGGUAAACAUAGUUUUCUUGCUUUGCCCUCUUUCCUGUCCAUAGUGCACACAUUGAAGCUUCAGUGCAUUUUCUCUGUUGCAAGUCCAGCAUGAUUUCCUGUGAAUCAUACUACUUUUGUUAUUUUGCCACUAGAGAGCAUGACACAUAAAUGACCAGCCAUCUAGCAGACUGUCCAGCGUCGAAUAUAUUUGCUAUAUUAAUCACUAGUACAGGUUUUGUUGCCUGAACUAAAUCGCACCUCUUAACGAAGUUGCAUCCGAUUAAAAGAAUAUCUUUGUUAUAAGCAAUAUUUGUUAGAGAUAUUAGCAAUAAACACUUUAGGUUUACUUUUAAACAUGCUUUUAAAGCAGUAACAUUGCCCAGUGACGUCAGCAGCAUCGAAUCGGGGCACGAAAUUUAAAUACGGUCUCUGCAAACUCGUUCAACCGAAUUAUCCAAUAAAAUUUUGGACAUUAAAUUUUUGAGCAGGGUUGUAUGUAACAAUGCGAAUUUGGCAGCGAAUAUUUCGGGAAUGGUUGGCCAUUCACAAAUAUCUCGGGAGGAUUUUUAAUGUGAUUAGCAUUCUUUGAGAACAUCACCCAGUUUACCUGUCUCUGUCUUUACAUACAUGCAUACAUACAUGCUCCCUCUUGUAUGUUUGCAUACAAACAUGCUCUGUCUCUGCAUACAUACAUGUCUUUAUAUAUGUAUGUCCGUGCCCAGCCUCUCUCACGCCAACUUGGUCACUGGGUGAUGCAUGGUCAAAUUGGUAGGGCAUCGGGCUGCUGUGCUGAGGGACUCAAGUUCGAAACCAAUUGUCAGACCAAUUUUAGUCACUGGUUAUGAGCUGAUCUUCAAUGAACCUCUUUCACGCCAGCUUGGGUCACUUGUUGUGUGCCUGGGAAAGGCCUGGGUGUAUGCCACCCUUCUAUAAACAUAUUUCUCGUCAACUUGAGUCAAUGGGUAUGUGCCAUUCUUAAAUUAAACUCGUUGACACCAGCUUGGGUCGCGGGGUAUGUUCCACUGGCUAUGUGUCCCUGUUCAGUAAACCUGUUUGACAACAACUUGUGUCACUGGGUAUGUGUGCUGCUUUUUGUAUUAAUCGUCAUAUAAAACAUACCAUCACCAUUUAUGCACCCAUCAUAAGAUAUGUAGUCUGCUAAUCGCAUUAAUGUCGCCAAUCAUCUCCAAAGAAUGGACGCACCGCCAAUUUUCUUUUCACUGUGUAGCGUUCAUUUAUAUUUUUUCAAUUAUCUCCUCCUUCCUACCCCCUCUUCCAUUUUUUUUGUGCAAUAAGAACAAAGAUGAAAUGAAGGCAAAAAUCUGCGGAUUCCACACACUGUGGGAAUCAAUGUAAUCGAAGCUUUGUAUGCCAUUUGCUUGGAUUGACGAUAAUUAGCAGUGGCGUUGCGGCAAAUGUGUAAUUUCUUCAGCGUUUAGUCCAAUACGAGAGUCCUGAGUUGAUGUUAAAUGUUACCACGCAUGCACCACUGCUGUUUGUGUAGUCCGCAGAACACACAGGGGGGCGUGUUUGCUUGAGGUGCUGUGCGUCAUUGUUCAUAAUCUGUGAGAAGGUUGAGCAUUAUUAUUGCAUCACAUGGUACAUCGUAUUGUGACAGAAGUAUUAAACAUAAAUUGAAUUAUGGGGCUGUACAUAAUUCAAUUAAUUAUAAUUCUAUGUAUACAUUGUAAUUCACGGUCUGCACCACGUUUCACUGCGUAGCAAAGACACUCCUGUUCCACGCAGCGCUGGCUGGGCUGCAUAAAGUUGCUGUAUAUGCGGGGCCACAUACAGUAACUCUAGGAGUCCAUGCAGCCGAGCGCCAUCUGGUGGGUGUUGCAAGAAACCCAGCGGUGCUUGCGAGCCAAACCACUGCAGAAGCGCCAGGAAAGUUGCUAGAAGAGGCAAAAGAAAGCUUUGCUUUAAAAUAUCUUCCUCUCCUUUAAGUCAGAAAAUGCUGAAUUAUAGAUUUUCCUUUUAUGAAUACAAUACAUGUAAACCUUAUGUGCCGCCUGCAGAAUAUACCUCAGGCGGACUUGGUAAAAUACCUGGGUAUAAUACAUGAUAAGCUUGGUGCAUGCGCAUUGAAUAUAUACAUAAAAAAAGAGUGUGCAGUUGGAAUGCCAAGAAGCCUUUGCAACAGUCGAUAGGGGAUGUGGUGAGACUCUCUUGUGAUGAUUUAUAAAAUGUAUGUAUGGCCUAUUUUGGAAUUUAGAUGUGUUCUAUAUCCAGGUGCGUCGGCAUAUAAAUUACAUCCCCUUGUUCUUCUGGAACAAGAAGCUUUACACCUGUGCCUUUGUUUACCAAAAUUCAUUGGCAACACCGUAUUAUACCUAGAUGCAUGUUUACUGUCUCUUUUGUGUAGAUUUCAGCUAUUAACGGUCCAAACAUUCAUAAACAUAUGUGAUUUCCCAGCAAAAUUACAGAUGGUUUUUAUUUCUCAGCCUGUAAUAUUUUUCAAUCUUCCUGGCCUCGGUUCCACACCCCUCAGGUCGUUUUUGUGCAGGCACUUGUCGGUCCUCUAGAUGUAUCAUUUUGUUAGAUUCGUCCUAUGGGCAGUGAGAGAGAGAGAAUCUCCAGAUUAUAUUUGAUGAUAUAUAUUCAAAGAAAGCGAAACACCUUUCUUACAAUACAUUAAAUGGGCUAUUACAAAAUCACUUAUAUCACUUAUUGGAACUAAGGUAAGUUCCGUAAUAAUGACUGAUGCAUCACAAACCGACGAAAAAUCUAGUAUUGGAAUUUUCUCUUCCGCUUUUGACUGUUCAUUCUCUUCAGGACUUCCCGACUACAUACGAGUAUCUUUAGCUGAAUUUCUGGCAGUUACAUUGGCUUUAUGAAAAGUACGUCAACUCAUCAAUCUCGGAAGUGGUAAUACUUGUAACGGAUUCUUCAUGUUCAGCUCUUACUGCAAAUAGUGGCAUUUCAAGUACAUUUCGUUAUCUAAUACCCUGUCACUUAACACUGAUUAGAUUGAUAUGGGUACCUGGUCACAAAGGAUUAGUUAUAAAUGAAUUAGCACACAGCUUGGCAAGAGCUGCCCUUGGUGGUCCAAUUAAUUCUCUCAAUAAUUCCUGUAUCAGCUUUCAUAACAGCUGCUAGGUUCAGGGGAUGGGCAGUUAUGCAAGAUUCUUGAAACCUAUCAUUAACAAAUUUAACUGAUUACCGACACCUCCUAUUCCCCUGGAGCAGAAAUUUCUGCCGCAAUAGAAAAUUUGAACUCCUGUUUACCAAAUUCCGAUGUCGAAUAAAGCUAUUAUCUGCAUCGAUCUGGUCUGGCAUCCUCCUUCCGUGUGCUCAUCCUGUGGGGAGGACAAAACAGUGUAACACUUUUUCCUGUCAUGUUGACAUCAAGAAAACAUACUUUAGAAGGAAAAUUUCAUGGUGCUGAAUUGAAUAAAACGAUUCCCGAUAUUCUAUCCUUCGGAGUCUCUGGGACAUUAUCGUAGGGGUGUUGGUGAAGCUUUGUGAGUUAUAUAAUUGAAUCAGGACGAUUUCCUUGCUAAAUUCUUAAAUUUUAUCAGAAUUUAUUCUUUUCAGCUUUUCAAGAUUUCUCGAUAGGGCUUCUUUUAAGGCUCAUAUAAUAAUUUUUAAUAAACCACCCGAUUCUUGGCCAAUUCCCACUCUCGAAGGCAAGUAUGCAAGCAAGUUAAUAUUAUUGAUGAUAGUAAUAGAUGCUAGGAUGCUUCGAUGUCCUCCGCGGGCGAGGGGGACACCGCGGCACCCCAAUAGAUGCUGAAGCCCCUUAAUAGGUGCGGACGUGUCGCGCCAUCUAGACGGCAAAUAACGUACUGGGAAACGCGCCCAACCAACCGGCCGCAGUCGGAUGAUCAUCAGCACGGGAUGGCCGCAAGAAUAGUGCUCUGCAGGAUUUGCGCUCCCUUACUUGGAAGGAACCAGCAGGUUGCUGUGCGGAGUAUUAGUACGACAUCCAGCAGAAAUGCCCAGUUUUGCAACUCGGCCGAUGAGGCCAUCAAGGAAAUAAAGAGCGGUUCGAAGCUGCUCGUUGGAGGAUUUGGUCUCUGCGGGAUCCCUGAAAAUUUGAUCGCUGCACUCUCAAAGACAAGUGUGAAGGACCUUGUUGUCGUCAGUAAUAAUGCCGGUGUGGAUGGCUUUGGACUUGGGAUACUCCUCAACACGCGACAGGUAAAGCGGAUGAUCUCCUCGUAUGUUGGCGAAAAUGCAGAGUUUGAGCGACAGUACUUGUCAGGCGAGCUUGAAUUGGAAUUUGUGCCGCAGGGAACCCUGGCUGAGAGACUUCGUGCUGGUGGAGCGGGCAUACCGGCUUUCUUCACACCCACUGCCUAUGGCACACUGAUUCACAAGGGUGGAGCCCCAAUCAGAUAUGACUCUAAUGGCAACAUUUCCAUCAAAAGCGAGCCGAGGCAGCACCAGGUAUUCAACGGCAAGAACUAUAUCAUGGAACAUGCCAUCACGGGUGAUUUUGCUCUUGUUAAGGCGUGGAAAGCAGACAAGGCCGGAAAUAUAGUCUUUAGGAAAACAGCAUCGAAUUUCAAUCCAGUAAUGUGCAAGGCAGCAAAGUACACAAUAGCUGAAGUGGAAGAGAUUGUUGAGACUGGUGCCUUGCCUCCUGACCAUAUCCACAUUCCGAGCAUCUAUGUGGACGCCAUCUACAAAGGAACAAGCUUUGAGAAGAGGAUUGAGAAAAGGAAGCUGAGGGAAAAAGCUGGUGCUGCUUCUAGUGGAAAAGAUGACCUGAGAAGCCGCAUUAUCCGAAGGGCAGCUUUAGAAUUCCAGGACGGCAUGUAUGUCAACCUUGGCAUUGGGAUCCCUGUGCUUGCAAGCAACUACAUUCCCAAAGGAGUUCACGUGGUGCUCCACAGUGAAAAUGGAAUCCUUGGAGUCGGUCCAUAUCCCACAGAGGAAGAGGUCGACCCUGACUUGAUUAAUGCAGGCAAGGAGACGGUCACCGCACUGCCUGGAGCUUCCUACUUUGGCAGUGACGAAUCGUUCGCUAUGAUCCGAGGAGGCCACAUUGACCUUACAAUGCUUGGCGCAAUGGAGGUGUCACAAUAUGGGGACCUUGCUAACUGGAUGAUUCCGGGAAAAAUGGUGAAAGGCAUGGGAGGUGCCAUGGACUUGGUUUCCAGCAAAGCAGCUGGCACUAAAAUUGUCGUCACCAUGGAACACGUGGCAAAAGGGGACAAGCCUAAGAUAAAGAAGGAGUGCACACUGCCGCUCACCGGAGAGCGCUGUGUUGACCUCAUCAUCACUGAAAAGUGUGUGUUUGAAGUGUGUGAAAAGAAAGGCCUCACACUAGUUGAGAUUGCAGAUGGCCUUAAGGUCGAUGACAUCACCAAUAGUACAGCCUGCCCAUUUGAGGUGUCACCAAAUUUAAAGCCUAUGCAGCAAGUUGAGCUCUGAAGUUUACCUGUGACCUGAACUUUAUUUUGACUUUGGAGACGAUACUUUUGUACGUUACAGUAUGUUGAUCUUGUUGUGAACAUGGGAACUGCAGUGGCUAGGUGCGGUGAGCGUUGUGCACUCUGAUGUGCAUUAUACGCAACUAUUUUGUAAUCUGGCAACAUGCAUUUUAUAAUUUCUUUAUAAUGCUCUUCUUUAUUUUUUAUUUUUAUUUUUUUGAGACAAUCAUCGUUGGCACGAAAGAAAAGUAACAAUAUUUUCGUGAUCGAAUGCCAUAUGUUAGGUUGCUUUUUAUGGUCUAUUGAUGCAUUUCUAGCUGUUAUUGUUGCGAACAAGUACAAAUGUAAGUUUUUUUCUGGUUUGGUAAUGUAUACAUUUAUGCCAGCAUUACUACCAUUAUAGUGAUGGCUUGUUAUGGUUAGGGUCCUUCGUUUUCUAGUAAAACCUGACAAUUCCCAAUUUUUGCACCCUGAAAAAUAUUGAUGAAAAUAGUGUUAAACUCUGUUUCACCCUGAAGUUUCCCCCUUUGUAAGGGUUAUAAAAGGGGCAAAGACCUGCAAAAUGCAGAUGUUACAAAUCAAAUGCAUGUGGUCCACCUUUCGUGAGCAAGUGGUUAAGAUAUAUCCUACUACUAAUAAUAUUAAUAUAUAAUAAAUAUGGUAUUAUGCCUCAUUUUCAUUUGACACUCAAGCAUGUAUAAAUAUAUAGUAUAUUCAGCACAUGCUGGCCCUGAUAAAUACAUGUGUUUACACAAAUACAACAAUGACACAUUUCAUCACACAUUCUGCAUGUCGCACACACGUCUACAGCAGUUAUAUGGUAGGCAGGCAACUGAUGCAGUGCUGACAUUUCUGUGCAUAGUGAAUGGUUGCUUUGAUGUUGAGAGAAUGUUUAUCUAACUAGGUUACGCUCCAGGAGGGGUGGCUGAUCCAUUUAGGUUGUACUACAAUAAUUUUGUUGCUAGAGCAUGCCACAUUUUUGGACGCAUAACCCGCACCUAGAAUGUUAAAAAAUUUUAAAGUAAAGUUGUAGUGAAGGUUAUGUGAAAAUUUCACCUUGAGGUGUGGCUUCACAGCAGUGCUGCACAUGCUGCCAUGAAGUCCUGCCUCACGGCCAGGUUCUCCAUCAUUCAAAGUUCUGUUAUCUCCUAGAGAACCUCACCCCUCUUCCCACUCCUGCAUGGGGAGAGGAGCGAAGAACUGACCAUGGGCCAAAGAUACGACUUAGACACGUUGUGAAUCCGCAAACAGAGACUGUUCUUGCGAAAAUUUAAGUGCUGUUGUGUGCAGUUAUUUCCGUGGACUAUAUGCACCAUUCUUUUUUUUUUUUCGGGUUGUUGGAACUAGAGGUGUGGGUUAUGGGUGGUGGUGGGUUAUACGUAAGAAUGUGUUGUAUAUUGGGAACCAGUAAAAUGACUGCAGCUAAUGAGGACAAUAAGUCCGAUAGGCCUAUGAUCGACACAACUAUGCUCCCAAUUUUUGUGAUAAUGUACGUCAACAACGGCAUGUAAGAUAAAGAAAAUCAUCACACCUCCUGCGAAACAUGUUCCUGUGCACUACUUUUCGUACUUUUGUUGCUGUGUUAAAAAGUGCCGAGAACAAAAUGAAGAACAGAUCACCAAACUCAUCUCUCUUUGUUGUUCUUGUUGAUACUAUUUUUUUUCAAAGUUUAUUAAUGAUGCCUGACAACAAGGAUUUCUAAAGAUGAGUUCAUUCCUGUGAGUGAUGUUGCUUGUCUAAAUAGAACCUUGUAGAACAUUGGAGAAUAUUGCUUGUGUUAAUCGCUUGUAAAAGUAAAAAAAAAAUAUAACCUAAACUUUUGGCUGCUGCGUGACAAAACCCUCGAUUUCUUCCCAGUAUUUUUGCAGACAAACACAUACCCUGAUUUUCCUCCAUUUUCCUCCUUAAAAAUAACACCUAAUUUUUGCCCCCCGAAUUUCAAAUAGUAUAAAAACUGAAAACGAAGGACCCUAGUUAUGUUAGCCUACUCCAGCGUGAUACCUGUGCUGAUCUGAUAGUGUUAAAGCUAAAUAAUUAGAUUAUGCUCUCUAGUCUCUCGCUUCUCAUUGGGUUUUGUUUUCUUUAGUUUGUGCCAAAAGAUACAUUAACAAAGUGUGUUGCCAACUAUUUCAUGCUUCUGAUGUGUAGCUGACUGCAUUUUAUGCCACUAAGUGAAACAUACAGCAUAGUGCCCUGCUGCUAAGAAAAAAAAAGAUCAAUAAAUAAAACGGUUUUUACACAAUU